AUGACAAUGAAAGGCCUGUCCAGCAGCCGCAGUCACCACCACACUGUGACCUGCGACCCCUCUUACGACUCUAUGACCCUGGGACAUGCCGAUCGUCGGUCCUACAUCCUCAACCCUGGAGAGGCUCAUCCUGUUGACCACCCCUGCUACACCCAGCGGAACUCCUUCCAGUCUGAGUGCAGUGCCUAUCCCGAUCUGGCCAGCUGCACCUUCCCUCGCAGACAUUACAGCUCCCACCAUGAGCUGAAGGAGGAGUGCGGUCCUGUUGUGCCUUACACCGGGCCAACAGGUAGCAGUAAGGGAGGUGGAGGGAACAACAACCGGAUCCCUUCGAACCUGCUCGAGCAGUUUGAGAGCCAGGCGCCGUUGCGUCGUGAGGGCUACCACACGCUGCAGUACAAGCGCACUGCGGUGGAGCACCAACGCAGCGACAGCCCCGGACGAAUUCGCCACCUUGUUCACUCCGUCCAGAAGCUGUUCACCAAGUCCCACUCGCUAGAGGGGCCGUCGGGGUCUGGUGGAGGAGGGAGCGGGAGGAUGAAUGGCAGCAAAUCAAGCCCUGAUGAUCCUCCCUCAUCCUCUGGCACCCUAAAGCACAGCAAGCGCAGUAAGAGCAAGGACCGCUCCAAGUCGGAGCCUAAGAUGCGCACUGCUAUCUCAGGCUACUGGAGCUCAGACGACACGCUCGACCGGGAGGUGUGCCUCUACCACCACCACCACGGGGGCAGCAGUGGAGGCCUGCCCUCUGGGGUCAUGACCAUGGGGCGCCAUCCGGACAAAUCCCAGUCGCAGUACUUCAUGGAGUCCUAUAACACCAUCAGCGCCCAGUCUCUGAAGACGUCGCGCAGCAACAACGACGUGAAGUGCUCAACGUGCUCCGGGGGCAGCAGCGGAGGGCUGCCGCUGAUGGGCACCCUGGAUGGCCAAGUUCAGCUGAAGAAGAGCUCGUGGUCCUCUACUCUGACGGUGAGCAGAGCAAGAGAGGUCUACCAGAAGGCCUCAGUCAACCUAGAUAAAGCUCUAGUGAAAGCCGAGCAGGGACGCACUUGCCACUUCCUACAGGUGCCUCAGGAUGACUGGAGCGGUUUCUCGCCGCUGGGGAAGGAUGAUGAGAUUCCGUGCCGGCGGAUGCGCAGCGGCAGCUACAUCAAGGCCAUGGCAGAGGAAGACAGCGGAGACUCGGACUGCAGCCCAAAACCCUCGCCCAAGGUCCAGGCACGGAGAGCCAGCUACCUGAAGGCCACGCAGCCGUCUCUCACGGAGAUGACCACGCUGAAGAUUUCCACCGAGCACUCGCCCAAGCUGCAGAUCCGGAGUCACAGCUAUCUGCGGGCGGUGAGUGAGGUUUCCAUCAAUAGGAGUCUGGACAGCUUGGACCCGGCAGGGCUGCUGGCCUCGCCUAAAUUCCGCUCCCGAAACGAGAGCUACAUGAGAGCUAUGAGCACCAUCAGCCAGGUGAGCGAGGUGGAGGUGAACGGGCAGAUCGAGGCGGUGUGUGAGUCAGUGUUCAGCGAGAUGGAGUCACAGGCGGUAGAUGCCCUGGACCUGCCCAUGCCCGGCUGCUUCCGCAUGCGGAGCCACAGCUACGUGCGCGCCAUAGAGAAGGGCUGCUCGCAGGACGAGGAAGAGGGAGCCGUCACGGUGGGCAACAGGAGGAACAACUCGCCGCCGCGCACCACCACCACUGUCAGAACCAUCCAGAGCAGCACAGUGUCAUCAUGCAUCACCACCUACAAAAAGACACCUCCCCCGGUCCCGCCACGAACCACCCCAUCCAAACCUCUCAUAUCCAUCACGGCCCAAAGCAGCACCGAAUCCGCCCAGGAUGCGUACAUGGACGGGGGCUCCGGCCCUCGGACGGGCAUCAGCUCCCAGCCGGGCCUGUCCAACUCCACGGAGAGCAUCGACAGCAUGAAGGCCCUGACGGCGGCCAUAGAGGCAGCUAACGCUCAGGUGCACGGCCCUGCGAGCCAGCAUGUCACCAACAGCACCAUCACCAUCACUGCCACCGCCACCACCUCCGCCGUCGCACACGUCUCCGCCGAAAGCAAGGCACAGAGGGAAGCGCUCCGCAAGUGCCUCUCCAUAGGGAUCCAGGUGGACCCAGAGGAAGGAGAGCCCACAGAGGAGCAGUCCAAAUUCCAGUCGAUAGGAAUUCAGGUGGAGGAUGAACGAUGUUACCGCAGGAUGACCCGCUCCAACAGCGUCACCACAGCGGUGCAGGCCGACCUCGAUAACCCCACAGACGCCCCAGAGCUGCCACCUCGUCACUGUGCCACCAUGCCGCGCCAGCACUCUCGCGAUGCCGGCUCUUCCACCGUCAGCAUCCAGGGCUCUGGAAACCACUACCACGCCUGUGCUGGAGACGACUACGGAGACGUGGGCUUUGACCCGUCCAUCCUGCCCCCUCCUGACCCCUGGAUGGACAGCGUGCCCGAGCCAGAGGUGGAGGCCCUGGAGGCCGUCGGGCGAUCGGUGUGCCCCCGCGACGGCCGCUGGUUCCUCAAGCUGCUGCAGGCUGAGACGGAGCGAAUGGAGGGCUGGUGCAGACAGAUGGAGCAGGAUGAAAUGGAGAAUGAGCUGCCUGAUGAGAUCCUGGGGAAGAUCCGCAGUGCAGUGGGGAGUGCCCAGCUGCUGAUGUCCCAGAAGUUCCAGCAGUUCCGGGAGCUGUGUGAGGAGAAUCUGAACCCAAAUGCACACCCGCGGCCCAUCUCGCAGGACCUGGCGGGUUUCUGGGACAUGCUCCAGCUGUCCAUCGAGAACAUUAGCCUGAAGUUUGAUGAGCUCCACCAACUCAAAGCCAACAACUGGAAACCUCUGACUCCCCCAGAAAUUCAGGAGAGAAGGAUGCCCCCUCCUGUGCCAAAGAAGCCCCAGAAGGGCCACCCUCCCCUGGCUAGGGACCGCUCGCUGGAGAGCUCUGAGCGCCAGCGUCUGGAGGCUCGCAAACGCCUGCUAGCUGCCAAACGUGCCGCGUCGGUUCGGCAGAGCUCUGCUACCGAGAGCGCAGACAGUAUCGAGAUCUAUAUUCCUGAGGCCCAGACCAGACUAUGAGACACAUAAACACAUGUACCUACACGAUACAUUGUCCCAUAAACACAAAUAGCACUGAAUGGUAAGGCUAGGGUGCUACAACACAGCAUAAUCACAUUUUUUGCAGACUCCCUAGAUCACUGUGGGGUCAGUCACGAUGGAAGCUGUCUGAACAAGAAAUGUACAUUCACAAUAUUUAUUUAUUUAUUUAUCUGUCUCCCCUUCCCCUCGUUUUCCUCCUCCCAGCUUUGAUGUAGCACUCCCUCUUUUCCUCACACCUGCCCCUCACCCCCUAAGAAGUCUCCUACGAAUCUCCCUCCUCCCACCCUUUUUUUAAAGUGACCUAAUAUUACAAAGUAAGCCUGGUGUAGCACAGCAGUGAUGCUUCACAUCAAUGUGUUUCAGGAGCUGAGGACACAGAGGGAGCAUGCAUGUGCACGUGUGUGUGUGUGCGCGUGCAUAUGUGUGUAUGUAUAAACAUGCAAACACACGUAGUCACAGGUGAUGUAUUCGAUCUGAUCUGCUCAGGUCGAUACAUCAGAUCAAAGGGAGAGGCCACACGCAACCCAGACCCAUUGACUUGAUAUUUAUGAAGUUGAUUUUUAUAUUUUUAGUAUAAAAAAAAUUCUAUAUUGGAUUCUGAAAGUAUUAUAAUCUCACAAGUUUACGCUUUGCAUAAUGAGGUCAAACACCUAAUGGGAAAAAGACCAGAAGAGGCAAUUAAAGUGUCAUCCGGUGACACAGUCGCCUUCCGUCUGACGGGUCUGUCCGGUGGCCAGAGGUCGACCCCGUACGAAAGGUCGAGAGGUCAGAUUUUUUUUGCUCCUCCAGGUGAGGCAGGGCGGCUGCUGAGCCAGGAGCAGGCCUCUGCAAAGAGUGCUGAAAGGAUCACUGUUCUAAAAUGCCACAAACCUAAUCUUUGUGUGUGUGUGUGCAACAGAAAAGAGAGAGAGUGUGUGUGUUUGAUUCAAAUAUAUGUUUCAGAAGUGCUUCCUAUUUUUCUAGGUCUAAACAGUCCUAGUUCUAAUUAAUGACUAAGGUAGCAGUAUCAAUAAACUGUAAACAAAACACCCAUCUUGUCUCAUUUGAAACUGAGCAACACAUGUUUGUAUAAAGGACAUGUAUAACGCCAUGACGUGCAUGCUCACACAAGGUACUCUUUUUGUUUUUGUCUUUUUUUAACAGGUUUAUGCCUAACUCAUGUUGUGUUCAGACUUUUUGGUGACGCUAAAAUACUGAUAUUUGGUACAAUACUGGUAGUUGUACUAUAUUUUAUUAUGUCAUUUUUAGACAAGAAAGGUUUAUUGACAGUAUUGAGACUACAGGACUGAAAAGGGACUAUUUCUCCUCACUGUGUGUGCACUAUCUCUGCCUCCAAAUGAAGCAAUUAUUUGAAGGUCAUACGGAAAAAAAGAAAAAAAAAAUCCAGUUUCUAAUAUUUUGUAUUCAUGUUUAAUUUAUUGAUUAGGAGAACAAUGACUGUUUAUUGACAUUGUGAUUAUUAUUAUGCACUGACAACAAGGCCCUUAUACUGUGUUUGUGUUUUAUUUAUGUUCUUUAGCAUGACAGGCACCUUUUUUUUCUUUCUUUUUCUUUUUCCGUUUCAGUGAUCAGCCUUAAUUUCUAAUACGAUAGUCGAGCACAACAGCAGUCUCAGGGGAAGAAGUGUGUCGAGUGCGUGUUCGUGUGUGUGUGUGUGUGAGAGGCUCGAGAGGUGAGAGAAAGUGACUUCAUGUGACCGUGUGUGACCCAUGGCUUUGCCUCUUAUUGUAUAUAACCCCCUGCCAUCAGGAUAGGCCAUGAUCUUAAAUAUAGGAAACCGUGUCCAUGCCAUCUUCUAGGCGAUGUUCCUGUUGAACGUCGCAGCCCUACUUACUUCAGCGUAACAAGGUAUUUCUGUCAGCUGCUUGAAUGUGGAGACAAUCCUGAGCCGGUUUUAUUCGGUCACUUAUUUGUUUUGAUAACAGAAAUAGCAGGACUUUGGUGUGUAGUCCAACUCUCUGUAUUAAAUCUGGAAAUAUUUUGUGCCAUUGGAUGACUAUAGGCAAGGAUACAGUAAUAUUCCUGCUAUUUGUCCCUGUUGAACAGCUACCUGAAGUUCUCAUCGAGAGACGUCUGUUAGUGAAGGAUCUCAAGUGAUGAUGUAACCGUACAGUAUGAUUUGUAUUUCCUUUAGUCGGUCGAUAUAAAUUUUAGAGAGGGUGCAUAUAACAAUAGUUCAAACUUAAUGCCAUUUUACGUAGAUUGAAGCUCAUUUUAGUAUUUUUACUUUGGAACUUGUAUUUGAAUUGAAUUGUCUGUCAAAUGAUUGAUUCUUUAUUUAUGUUUUAUUAUAUUAACAUAUCAAUAUAACACUCCUGGUAUAGCAGGGAGUUAGAAACCAGAAUGUUGGAUUGUGGUUAAAAAUUUAAAAUACACUCCAGCAAAUCCUGGCAAAUUCUGAAGCUUGUGAUGUAGUUAUAUUAAGAGAAAAACAUUCAAAUAAACAUUUGUACAUAAAUGAAUGUUUCCCUUAUGUAAAUGUAAACUAAAAAAAAAACAAAAAAAAAACCCAAUCAAAUAACAUAUUAAGCAGAUAUACAUUUUGUAUUUAAUGUUAUUACACUGUUGAUGUUAUGGCACGUGUAUGAGCUCUUAUCAGCAUUAAAAAGAAAAAAAAAAAAAAGAAAGAAAUAUCAUUGCCAUAA